GCACGGCUUGCCUGCGCUGGCCUUCUUCGCAGGCACUGUGAGCCUGGUCUUGGCGGUCGACUUCUUUCGGCUGCGGUUCAAGGCCAGACUGUUGACUCAGAAGCCCCGCAUGCGUCCUACGCCCGAGACCACAAGCAGUGAUGCCAAGCUUGAAAUGCCUGAAGUCGUGCGGAGCUUGCUUCAGGCACUUGGCUGGGGCUCGCCGAAAAACUGGGCGGCAGAACUCAAUAGCGGAAACCAUUCCAGGCCCUUCCGGAAACCCAUUCUAUGGAAGCCCAUGCUCAGGGACAGGAGCCGGUCCGAGGUGGAUAUUCCCAGGAACUGGUCCGCCGUGGAUGCCGUUGUGGAACUCGCGGGCCACUCGCCAUGUGCCACACUUAGGGACUUGUAUGGCUGUGUUGGAGCUGACUAUUUGAGGGUUCUCAAGGAGACGUCACCAUGGAACUCCAGCCAUGACAUCAUGCAGUUGCCGAGAGGAACGCAGAUCUUUGCCGUCGGAAACUCGGUGUUGGCAGAGUUGCUGGAAGCAGCUGUCUGCAAUCACAAUUGGGAUUUCGUCUUUCCUGACCCGGAUAUGGAAGCCAAUUCUUUUCUUGCGCACAAUAUCAUCCACAACAUCACGAUGCUGCUGGUCUCCAAUGAUCCAGCCUUUGAUGGAGCCGAUGACCUGCGGUCGCCUGUCCGUCUUGCCAGGAUUCUGCGGCCUCAGAUCAUAGUGCUUGGAACCCUCAACGAGCAGAAAUAUACGUGGGGCGGUGAUGUCUUUCGCAUGAACAACCGCCGGCAUCUCCUGGUGCAGGAGUUUCCGGAUGCAGCUGUUGUGGACCUCGCGGGGAAGCAUGUCGGCAGUUGCUGCCCGGCCGAUCUUUACAACUGCAGGCGCCCUUGGAAGUGCGAGAGGAACACCUAUGAACAUCAUGAGUGCAUACCUGGGCCGAUCUUGCGGUAUGCGGAGCAGUUCGUGGAUGUCUUGCACAAAGCAGUUCGCAAGGAAAAUAUGUCGAGGAGCUGUCUGGGGGUUGGUCGAAUUCGCCCGCUGCGCUCCUGCGUCGCUCGCCCCUGA